GCCUUUAAUUUUAUUGUUUCUGUUGUUUUUUAUGGGAAUUGUUUUCAUUUUUCAUUGUUGUGUUAAAAUUGGCAAAGUUUAACGAAAACUAAAACUAAAUAAAUAUGAAUAAAAAACCUUUUAAUGGCCCUCCGUCAAAAAAACAAAAAAUUGGAGAUAACGAUGACACUCCGUCUCAAUUUGAAUCCGAACUUGCGUCAAUGUUUGAUGGUGACGAUGACGAUUUUCUCGAUAUUGAUACAGUGAAAGGAGAAGGACCAGAACAGGAAAAUACUUCGGCAAAAUGGAGCAGACCACCACCUCCAAAUUUAAAUCCAUCGAAAGAUACAUUAUGUUUUCAACAAAUAGACGUCGAUCAUUAUACAGAUCAACCACUUUCUGGAAUGCCAGGAAGCAAAGUGGGUCCUGUUCCCGUAAUGAGAUUAUACGGAGUCACGGAAAAAGGAAAUUCAGUUUGUUGUCACGUUCAUGGAUUUUGUCCGUACCUCUUUGUCACUGCACCUCCACAAUUUACAAACAGUCACUGCUCAAGUUUCAAGGAAGCCCUCAACAAGGCUGUGAUAAAAGAUAUGAAAUCGAAUCCUGAUAAUAUUCAAGAGGCUAUUUUGGUUGUUGAAUUAGUGAAGAGACAAAAUGUUUAUGGUUACAGUGGUCAGGAUUUGGCACCGUUUCUCAAAAUAACGGUCGCUUUACCAAAAUUACUCGCACCUUGUCGACGAUUACUGGAAAAGGAAAUUGUUUAUUCAACCUUUAAUCAUGCCUAUCAGGCUUUCGAAAGUAAUAUCGAUUUUGAUAUUCGAUUUAUGGUCGAUACAAAUAUGGUGGGCUGCUCAUGGAUAGAACUACCAGCUGGAAAAUGGAAGAUACGUGGUUAUUAUAAUCACGCUUUGCCGAUAACUUCAAGAUGCCAGAUCGAAGUCGAUAUCGCCUGGGAUGCUUUCAUCGCCCACGCUCCCGAAGGCCAAUGGUCCAAAGUUGCUCCCUUCAGAAUUCUCAGUUUUGACAUUGAAUGUGCCGGUCGUAAAGGAAUAUUUCCCGAGCCCAAUCACGAUCCGGUUAUUCAAAUAGCAAACAUGGUGAUCAGACAGGGCGAGACUGAGCCUUUUUUGCGUAAUAUCUUCACUUUGGACACUUGUGCUCCAAUUGUCGGCUGUCAAGUGCUCAGCUACGCAACCGAACAGGAAAUGUUGAGGAAAUGGGCUGAUUUUAUUCGACAAUUGGAUCCGGACAUUUUCACUGGCUACAAUAUAAAUAAUUUCGAUUUUCCCUAUUUAAUUAAUCGUGCUCAACAUUUAAAAGUGAAUGAUUUCAAUUAUCUGGGACGAAUAAAAAAUAUCAAAUCAAUCAUUCGCAAUCAAGUACUGCAGAGCAAACAAAUGGGACGUCGUGAGAAUAAACACGUUAAUUUUGAAGGACGUGUGCCGUUUGAUCUUUUACUGGUAUUGGUACGUGACUAUAAAUUGAGAUCCUACACGUUAAAUGCCGUGAGUUAUCAUUUUUUGCAAGAACAAAAAGAGGACGUGCACCACAGUAUUAUUUCCGAUUUACAAAAAGGAAAUGCUCAAACGCGUCGUCGUCUCGCCGUUUACUGUUUGAAGGACGCAAUGUUACCUCUUCGUUUACUGGACAAAUUGAUGUGUAUUAUUAUUUAUAUGGAAAUGGCGAGAGUCACUGGUGUCUCGUUGUCAACUCUAUUGACCAGGGGUCAGCAGAUUAAAGUCGUCUCGCAACUUUUACGAAAGACACGAGAACACGGAUAUUUGAUGCCAACCCAUCAGGGUCAGGGAGUGGACGAGCAAUUCGAGGGUGCAACGGUUAUUGAACCAAAACGUGGCUAUUACAGCGAUCCAAUUGCAACUUUGGAUUUCAGUUCUCUGUAUCCGAGUAUUAUUAUGGCCCACAAUUUGUGUUACACAACACUUCUUUCGCCAAGUGCGCAAAAUAAAUUACAAUUGUCAACUGACGAUAUCACGAAGACACCGUAUAAUUCCAUGUUUGUUAAGACAAACGUAAGAAAGGGAAUUCUACCCGAGAUUCUUGAGAAUUUAUUGAGCGCGCGUAAAGUCGCGAAAGCUGAAUUGAAAAAAGAAGAGGAUCCCCUGAAGAAGAAGGUUCUCGACGGACGACAGUACGCAUUGAAAGUAUCCGCGAAUUCCGUCUACGGUUUCACUGGCGCGCAAAUGGGAAAAUUGCCCUGCUUGGAAAUAUCAGCCAGUGUAACGUCCUACGGAAGAACGAUGAUUGAGAAGACAAAGCACGAAGUCGAGGAGCAUUAUUGCAAGAAAAAUGGCUAUAAACAUGAUUCCAUUGUUAUUUACGGCGACACGGAUUCAGUGAUGGUGAAAUUUGGCGUUACGGACAUUCGCGAAGCGAUGCAAUUGGGAAAAGAGGCGGCCGAUUAUGUCUCGGCAAAAUUCAUUAAACCCAUUAAACUCGAAUUCGAAAAGGUCUACUAUCCAUAUCUCUUGAUUAACAAGAAACGCUACGCCGGUCUCUAUUUUACAACACCUGAGAAAUACGACAAAAUGGAUUGCAAAGGUUUAGAGACAGUUCGUCGCGAUAAUUGUCCCCUUGUCGCCAAUAUGAUGAAUACAUGUCUGCAAAAAUUACUCAUUGACAGAAAACCAGAUGAGGCAGUUGACUAUGCAAAGCAAGUGAUAAGCGAUCUCUUGUGCAAUCGAAUUGACAUUUCACAAUUGGUGGUCACGAAGGAAUUGACAAAAACUGAUUACACGGCGAAACAGGCGCACGUUGAAUUGGCGGCAAAAAUGAAGAAGCGUGACGCUGGCACGGCACCGAAACUCGGCGAUCGUGUGCCCUAUGUAUUUAUAAAUGGCGCAAAAGGUGCGCCUGCCUAUCAAAAGGCCGAGGAUCCAAUUUACGUUUUAGAAAAUAGUAUUCCAAUUGACACGAAUUAUUAUCUGCAGAAUCAAUUGUCAAAACCGUUGGUGAGAAUAUUUGAGCCAAUAUUAGGCGAUCGGGCAGAAUCACUUUUGUUGAAGGGCGAGCAUACGAGAACGAAAACAGUAGCUACGUCGCGUGUCGGUGCACUCGUUGCGUUUACAAAGAAAAAAGAGGUGUGUUUGGGUUGUAAAGCAGUAUUAACUCCUGAUCGUGAGAAACUUGCGCUCUGUAAAUUUUGCGAGGAGAAGGAGGGCGAAUUUUUCGAAAAGGAAGCGAACGCCGGCAGGAAACUUGAGGAGAAAUUUUGUCGAUUGUGGACCGAGUGCCAGAGAUGUCAAGGAAGUCUUCAUCAAGAAGUACUUUGCACCAGUCGAGAUUGUCCCAUUUUCUACAUGAGAAAAAAAGUGCAGAUGGAUCUUGAUGCGCAAAUGAAGAGAAUCAACAGAUUUGGAAUUCCAGAUUGGUAAUAAUUUAAAAAAAAAGCCAAUUUCGUUUUUGUUCUUUUUCGUUCUACUUAUAAAAUUGUACAGCUUUGUUUCGAAUUAUGUUUUGUACUGAAUAAACAUUAAAUAAAAAUAAUUUUCUACUAAAA